UAUAUAAAAUAAUAAACAAAAUAGUUUUCCUCAGUUUCUUCUUGAUUUGUAAUGACGAUCUUUGACGAUAAAUAUCGUGGCACAACUUCUGAUCUAUAUUUAUGUAGCAUAGGUCAAAGUUCAAAAUUCUUGACAAAAUGGCGCGAAAUCGCGCAUGACAUUUUUCAUCAGUUGGCCAUACUGUGUCGCCGGGCGAAUUAGUGCCGCUGCUCGCCACAAGGUGGCGCGGAGGUCGCGUCGCGGCGUUCGCUUCCGGCCCGGUGUAUACAUAUAUAUAUACGUCAUCGACGUCCGCCAACAACAGACAGCGCCGUUCAAUUUUGCUCGGCGCGCGCGUUCAGUUUUUCCGGUCGCGUUGCCGGUUUUUACGCGCCCGUCAUUGCCGAAAAUCGCCGCUGUCGAUCUGUCAAUUUUCCCCAGGGCACCUCCGGCCUGACACCGGAAGUGCGCGAACCCGACGUCGCGGUACGUCCGACUCCGCGACGUGCAUUUUCGUUUGCUGUCAGACGGAAAAAUGGCGACCGCCGUGCCGUCGCGAUUCGCCGUCCUCAGCAUCGAGGACGACGAUUUCAAGCCGAAGAAGACGCAGAAGAGCGCGCCGACGAGCAAGACUAAUAAUAAUAACGCGAAGAGUAAAGGCGACAAGCCGAAGCAACAACAGCCGCAGCAGCAGCAACAGCAGCAGCAGCCGAACAAAAAAAAACAGAGCAAGGGAAAGAAGAAAAAAAUGAAUAAUGAUGAUCAGCAAUGGGAACAGUGGAAGCAAAAAGAUACGAUGGCUGUCGAGGAAACAUUUGAACAGGAAUUGCACCAAGCAAUUUUAUUAUCAAAACUUGCAUAUGAAGAACAAUUAGUUAGUGCAGCAAAGAAUGAAAAGGAACAAGAAACUAAAAAAUCUGGUAAAAAAUCGAAGAAGGCAACUAUGUCUCUAGAAGAAUUUAAUAGUAUGGGAACAAAUGCAACAGUGUUGACAGUAAUAACGAGUGAACCUGUAGACAAUAAAUCAAAAGAAAUAGAUGCAGAGUUUUUUGAGAGGGUGGAAAAGGAAACAAAAGAAGAAAUAACAAAGGGGAAAGAAAAAGAUAUGCUGAAAGCUAGAUUAAGUAAAAUCGAUGAUGAUAUAACGUCCGCACAGUUAAGAGUAGAGAUUGAAAAACGUGAUGAAAUAAUUGGCCAGUUGAGAACCGAAGUACACACAUUGAAAGAAGAGUUAACACAAGUUAAGGAAAGAAAUAAAAAACUAUAUCAAAUAUUAUCACAUGGCGAGAUGAAAGAUAAAGCAUCCGUAUUAGCUGAAGUAGCCAAACUACAAGAAAUACGGGACGAAUUAACAUCCGAAGUAGCUUCUUUACAUGCCCAAUUGGAGCAAGAAAGAUCUAAAACACGUACAUCCAGCGCAGACUUGAAAACGUCUAAACAAACUAACAAGAAAAGGCCGGCCAAUGAAAAUGCCUAAUUCGCUUUUUGCGAAAAAACUGUACCAUUGUGAUCUAAUUUUAAUUGAUGAUACAUAUUGGUUAAGUGGCAAUCUGCAGAAACAUUACGUUUAGAAAAAGAAAAAUUUCGAUCUCUUAUAAUAUAUUUUAUAUUUACUUGUUAAAUGUAAGAUUAAGAUACAACUAGAUAACAGCUCUUGUUAGCUUGAUUGUUUCACGAAUGUAUACUAUGAAAGUAAGAUUACAGCCUACAUAUUAACAACUUUUCA